GCCCAAGGGUUCGCGACUCGCGAGCCCCGGUGGGAUCGCGAGAUUGUCUCGCGGAAAUCCCACUAAAAAACCCCGAGGAGUCCACGCGCGCGCGCGCGCGCCCGUGCCAAUCCCCUCCCCUCGCGAAAGCGAGAGCCAUUUCCAACCGCGCCUCGCACUGUGACCCUGGCUAUAUAUACACGCGGUAGCUGCGUUCUUGGAAGAGAAGAGAACAAAUUAACCGAAGCUAGUGUAAGAGCAGAGAAGAGCUAGAGGUUUAGAGUUUGCGGUGUGUGCGUGUGCAUGGCGAGCGUGUGGGCGACGGAGCAGCCGGGGGUGGAGCUCGAGGUGAAGGUCGUGAGGGUGGCCGGCGUCGAGGCGCGGCCGGAGGGGGGAGGCGGCGGCGGCGGCGGCCUCUUCGUGAGGUACUACGUCCCGGCUGGGGACGGGAAGCGGAGGAUCCGCGUGGACACGCGCGAGGUCCCGUGCGGCGGCGGCGAUGGCGAAGAGGACGGCGCGUUCUGGGGCGAGCUCGCCCGCUUCGAGCGCCGCGGUGGCGGCGCGCCGGCUUCGGUAGGCGGGGUCGUGUUCGAGCUCCGGUGGAGGCCGCGGCGGCGCUCGCCGGCGUUCCUCGGGAUGCUCGGGAACGGGAGGCCGUCGUCGCGCGUGCUGGCGCGGGGCGAGCUCGCGUGCCAGGACAACGCCGCCGCCGCCGUGACGCCCGCGCCGGCGUCGUCGGGGAGUACCUGGCUGAGGCUCUCGCCGGCGUGCCGCGAGCUGAGCGGGUGCAAGGCGCCCAAGCUGCUGGUCGAGGUCAGGAUGAUCCACGCCGCCGACAACUACGGAGCCGUGAAGGCGACGAGGUCGCUCGGCGGCGUGAACCACCACUACUGCUGCAGCGACGGCGAGCGGUGCGCGCAGUGCGGGUGGAUCGGGACCGAGGAGGACAUGUUCCUGGCAGCAACGUUCACCCACGAAUGAGUGGCGUGAUCGUUGAUUUCGUAGUUCAUGGGAGAGGAGCUAGUUAAUUAACCUAACUGUACUUUCGCUGAUGAAAUGAUAAAAGAAGCUCUCGACUACGAGGCAAUUUAGUCA